UACACGUGCCGGGAGGUCCUCACAACGUGUGAGACAAGAGUAGCGUUGGAGUGGACACAUCACAGACACCGCACACCCACAGGAUACACACAGCUACAAAGAACAGGACACGGCGCGGUUUUGCAGUGGCUAAGGACUAUAUCGUUUCGAGUUUGAGUUUUACGAAAGAAAUGGCAAUGGCGUCGAUUCUACCUGCUUCAACCGGAGGCGUCGGUGAAAGUGAUCGCGUUCUCAAAUCCAUGGAUGCCAACCGAUACGCAACGAAGAAAACGAUCGCCCAGGGUAUGCUGGACAUAGCCCUGCUAACGGCCAACGCUUCGCAACUCAAGUAUAUACUGCAAGUCGGCGAAAAGCACGAGUUCUACGCACUGAUGCUGACGCUAAUCAGCAUAUCCAUCAUUCUGCAGAUCACUCAAGGGAUCGCUUGUAUCCUGCUGGCCAACUACAACAUCAACAAGGAGCACUCGCGCGAUACGGCAAAUGCGGUGCAGAACUUCUCCCUGGGGCUGAACAUGGCCACGGUCGUGGUAAACAUUAUGAUCAACGGUAUGGAGGUGAAGCACAUGGACGAUGUUGGCCCAGCACUGGGUUUCGAAAGCACGACCAAAGGCCCAUGACAGGCUAUAGGAUAAUCCGCCCGGGGCAGGUUGAUGGCAACAAUUAUAAAUACAGGGGUUUUUGAAAUAAUACUUCCAGAUAUGUAUGUGCAUUUCUGUAUGUUGAAAGAAUUUAGAACAAAUUGGCAUCGUGGUAUGCCUGGAGUCUUUGCGUCUUUGGAAUCGUAUUGGCAAA